AUGUUGAAGUCCACCCCCUUCAGUGGCCAGAUGAACGAUAAUGCAAGCAUGCCGGUAGAUGAUAGUAUCGAGACCUUUACUUGCUCAACAGACACUUCAGUCCUGAUUCCAAAGAGGGUGAAGCAAUUGACCAUCAUGAAUCCAUCCAGUUUUGAGCUUCCGAUUGAUCUGUGCAAAGAAUUACGGUUUUUGUUAGAAGUCAUCUUACCAGACGGCUUGAGGGAAAUCGGCAAAUCCGCCUUUGAAGGAUGCAUAUUGCUACGCCAUGUUGAAAUACCUGAUACAGUGGAAAUUAUCAACGAUGAAUCCUUUCAGGAUUGCAAAUCCAUAUCGGAAAUGGAUUUGCCAGGCGGUCUGAAGAAAUUGGGCAGGUAUGCCUUUUGUCGCUGCGUAUCCUUGAUAAAAAUCAAGGUUCCCUCCGGUGUAGAAGUAGUGGGAGAAUGUUGCUUCUAUCUCUGUAAAGCACUGGUCGAAGUUUGUCUCGAAGAGGGUGUCAGAGAGAUUGGACGAGCCGCGAUCUAUCACUGCUCUUCUUUGGAGCAUAUUCAAUUUCCAUCGACGGUGGAAAGGAUUGGAAAAAGCGCAUUAAGUGUAUGUGCCUCCUUGGUCGAUGUAAACUUGCCGCUCGGUCUAAAAGCGCUGGACGAUGAUUGUGUUCGAGGUUGCGCCUUGUUGGAACGAUUCACCAUGCCUCGAACAAUCGUGUCAAUUGGGGAAUAUGGCACCUUUCGUCAGUGUCCUCGCUUGAUUCAUGUAGACCUAUCCGAAGGUUUAAGAGUCAUUCCCAAGUGCGCAUUUUGGGAAUGUUACGCCUUGUCCACCAUCAAGAUUCCCGGUUCGGUGGAGGUUAUUGAACACAAGGCCUUUAAGGACUGUCGUAGUCUGGUGGAAGUCGAGUUUAUGGAAGGACUCCGAAUGAUUGGCCAACAAGCCUUUAUGAGCUGUCUGUCCUUAUCGGCAGUAACUAUCCCACCAACGCUCAACAGGCUGGAAUUUGGUGCCUUUGAAAACUGUACCAGUUUGGUUUCCGUCGAGUUUCCAUCCAGGAUGGGAAACAUUGCAAUCGCCCUGGAUCUCUUCCGAGGGUGCCAGUCGCUUGUGAAUGUUAUUGUGUCACUUUCUAUAAGAAGAUACAAUACGCACCUUUCAGCGAACUGGUUCUCUGGCUGCUUUCUCAUUCAAGAUGUCCUGGGGAAGUACAACGAAGUGGAUGGACUCAAGCGACGAUUUCAGUACUUUCCGAUUCACCGAUUAUGCUACUAUGCUUCGAAAACUACUGUGGAGGACUUGAAUGAAGCCUUCAAGCUUCCGUAUGGAGUGGAGGAUUGGUUCCAAAUGACGCCAUUCCAUGUUCUGUUGUCUUCGGCCAAGCCAAGAAUGGAUUUGUUGCAAGUCCUCUUUGAUGUUGUCUUGAAAAGGUACUCCGCAACCAUUCUAGGAACCAAGGAUCGAAAGGGAAAACGAGCGUUGGACUACUUGGUCUCCAAGUGGAAUGAAGAAACCAAACAAAUGGCUUCUGCCUACUUGCAAAAGUGGAUGAUGGAGCGACUAUUCCAAUGGGGCUCGAUCCAGUUGCAAAUGAACAUGCACAGCCGAGUCCGAGCCAUUCUGGAAGAGGAAGAUCACGAAACACGAAAUGGGUUGCUACAAGAACUAUACUGCAUAUUUGGACGAUGUGAAUUUCAAGCUGGUGUUUCGUACUUGGAGUUGGGGGUUUGGAACAAGGAAGUGACUGGAGCAAGGUUUAAGGGUGUCAAGCGAGCUGCCAUGGAUCGCGAGAUUUGUCGGAUUCAAUGUGGAUCGAGCUGCAUUAUACCCAAUGUGAUUCGAUUCUUGUAA